AUGUUCCAGGUGUUCCAGGUGGUCGAGUUUUGCUUAACCGUCUUCAUAUAUUUGAUACAAUUUUACUCUAUAUUUGAUAUUUAUUAUACCUCACCACUAACACAUGGAACAAACCUCGUUCCUCUGAAUGUAAGCGCCCCAGCAACACACGUUAUUUUCAUUGUCUCUGACGGACUUCGGGCGGACAAACUAUUCGGUAACGAUAUGGAAUAUACACCAUUCCUAAGAGACGUCCUCAUGCAUCGUGGAUUGUGGGGUGUGUCACAUACACGAGUACCUACAGAAUCAAGACCUGCGCACGUUGCUAUGUUGGCCGGAUUUUAUGAAGAUGUAGCUUCUAUAACUAAAGGAUGGAGAACGAAUCCUGUGGAAUUCGAUUCUGUACUAAAUCGUUCCCAUCUGGCCUGGAUUUGGGGUUAUCGAGAAGUUGUCUUGUCAUUCGUCUCUCCAUCGACACAUCAUAUUAAAGCGACUCCAUGCCCAGAUGAGCUAAGUGAUCUGACUAAGACGAAUCCCACUGAAAUUGAUCGCUGGGUCAUCAGUCAGUUUAUGGAUUUUGUCGAUCACUCUGAAGAAUUCUUUGGUAACCUCACUGUCAAGUCGAAUGACUAUCGUCAGGGUCGAAUGGUUUUCUUACACCUUGAUGCAGCUGAUAUGGUUGGUCAUUCUUUUAAACCCAACUCACCUGAAUAUAUCACAGUCCUACGUCAUUUGGAUAAGGCAGCUCUACAAGUUUAUCAAAAGUUAAUCGAAAAAUCUCGUGGAACAGGUGCACGUAUUGCUUACAUUUUAACUUCUGAUCAUGGAAUGACUGAAUGGGGAAGUCAUGGAUCAGGUUCUCUUCAUGAAACGGCAACUCCUUUGUUAAUUUGGGGAUCUGGUAUAGUUGGUCCGGUUGAAAUUGAAACCAACGAAGACAAGUUACCAAAUGACCUAAAAGAUAUUUAUGGUUUACCAUUACAUAAUUAUGGACGCCUUCGACGUGACAUUCAACAAGCCGAUUUGUGUCCCCUAAUAGCUAGCCUUUUAGGUGUCCCGAUACCAGUCAAUUCUGUUGGUCAAGUUCCCGUUGAAUUUCUGAGAAUUCCUGAGUUAGAUAAAGUGAAGUUAACUCGAGCCAAUUGGCUUCAAAUAUAUGAGCAAUUAAAAAUUAAGUUUGCAGAGAAAAGAAAAUCUCACUUUUCCCUGUUAUUCCGAGAAUUUCCGCUCUUGAAAAUGUCACAAAUUUAUAAAAUAGAACAGGAGUGUGAUUUACUCACUACAUCUGGGAAAUACAAUGAAGCAAUUCAAAAAUAUAGACGUUUAACCAGUUUAGCACUAGAAAGUCUUAAUUAUUAUCAUAAGUAUGAUAGAUUGUAUCUAGGCUUUUGUAUAUCAACAACAUUCUGCCUAUGGAGUUUAGUAAUACUUUGCCGUUUAUUUGGUGUAAUUGACAAUAUAGAUUAUGAUAAAUAUCAGAGAUAUGUUGAUAGUGUUCAUUGGCGAUUGGUUAAUUGGAUUGUGAUUGGAUUCUGUUUGAUAAUUCUUGCAUUCGCUCCUUCUUGGUCGUUGGGACCCACUAUAUAUCAACUGGUUCCACUCUUUCUAGUUCUUUCGUUGACUUAUUCAACAACUCAACGAAAACAGUUAGUAGCACUAGUGGAUUAUAUAAUCAAAGGAUUAUUGGCAUACUCAUCAGUUUCAUCUUUUUCAUCAGUUUGUUCAGUUACUGUUGCUUCCAUAUGCCUACUUGAACUGCUUGUAAGUAAAGUUAUACAGUGUGGGAUUUUUUACCGGUACCUACUGUCUUUGGCAUGUUUAGUGUUCGCUGCAUGGCCUUUUAUAGACAAAUCGUUUAAAGCGCGUGAAAAAAUUGUUUCAUCUCUAUGGUGCUUUUCAUGUUGCUGUUUGGCUAUGUUUCCUUUAUUCCCUGUAAUUGGAUCAGACAGUUAUCCAACAUUUGUAUUUAUAAAUGGUCUCAUUCUUACACCAAUAACAGUUAUCUGCUUUCAUCUAGUAUCCAGUUCUCAAAAUCGCCUCCACAAAUGGCUUGGAUAUCUGUUCGGUUUUCUUAUCUGUCUUUCAAGUUUCGCUGUUUACUUGAUGAGCUUCCCAUCUAUUCGUACUGGAACAUUGAAAAUAAUCAUUCAUGUAUUUAGUUGGUCCGUGAUUGUACUUCUUCCCUUUUCAGUUAUUCUGCUUGUUCCGACACGACUUGGACCUCGAGUGAUUAGCUGGACAGUUGUUUACCUUGUCCCAUUAAUCCUGAUGAGCACUUAUUAUGAAGUUUCAUUCUUCGUUGUGUUUGCUACUAUCACGUAUCUGUGGCUCUAUAUGGAAACUGAAUCAAAAGAAUCAAGAUUGAAAGUUUGGGAUCUUGAGACAUCAACUGACAAUAACACUCCAACUAUUGAAUAUAAGUACGUACAACAUAGCAGGAACCUACUUCAUUUGAAGAAUUUUCGUCAGUCACUAUUCUUUAUAUUCCUCUUGACGAUUUCAUUCUUCGGUACUGGGAAUAUCGCAAGUGUGAAUAGUUUUGAUCCACGAUCAACAUUCUGUUUCACAACAAUAUUAAAUCCUGCAUUGAUGGCGAUACUCCUAUUGAUCAAGGUUAUAUGCCCUAUGCUGUUUUUGGGCGUAAUAUAUGCAGCUGUUCAGUUAUUCAGUGGUAAUUCAUCUUCGAUCAAAUGCGCCAAUAUGCAAACAAAAUAUGAAUAUUAUUCUCUUUUAGCUCAUACUGGUCUAACUGCUGUAUUGUCCGAUUUAAUUGCUAUUCACUUUUUUGUAUGGUUGAGAGACGAAGGCAGUUGGUUAGAUAUAGGGACUAGUAUUAGUCACUAUGUUAUUGCAAUGUCGAUAAGUUUGGCUGCAUUUCUUUUUACGUUAUUUGGAAAGAAAAUGCUAAGUAUUUCAAUGGGUAAUAAAAUCCAUAGUUUUAUUAAAACAUCUGAUAAAUAUGUGUAA